AUGAAUCAGUUGAAAGCGCCAACUGAACAAACUUCUAGGAAAAUUUUUCAGCCUGAAAAUAACUUCGCAGCUAAUCAUCUUGUUCAACAAGCUGCAAGAAAUAUUCGCCUAAAAACGUCUUUGAAAUUUCCAAGAACAUUAAAUCCAGAAAACUUCACUAAUUGCCCAUCCUAUUAUGAAUCGCGAAAAUAA